AAGAAGAGUCCUGAUAGAACAGCCCAGAGGGAGUUGCUAAAAUGCCCAUGACCACAUAAGAGCAAAAACGGGCUGUCUCCUUAGGAAUCAUUACUGCAGCAAGACUGGACUACAGUUUAUUGGAAAAAAACAAAAAAGGUCUGAAGAUGCGGGCGAUUGUGGGCAUCAUGUGUCUGUGCCAGUGUGUAGUUGGGCAUCUGCUGGAGGCCAAAGCAAAGACAACUUCACCACGAUUUAUUUGCAGUGUCCCAGGUCUACCGGGUACGCCGGGGAAGCCGGGACCACCCGGGCCUUCAGGGGCUGAAGGCCAUGUUGGAAUUCCGGGAAGAGAUGGCAGGGAUGGUCGGAAAGGAGAGAAAGGAGAGAAGGGGGAAACGGGAAUUAAAGGAAGAGUUGGGCCAACCGGCAAAAUCGGCGAGCGUGGAGAAAGAGGUCUGACAGGUAAGCGAGGCCCAGGGGGCGAGAGCGGAGACAUAGGACAUCCAGGUCCCCAAGGACGGUCUGGACUGAGAGGAGUAAAGGGCCAAAGAGGCCCACGAGGAGUGCCAGGCAAGUGCCUCUGUGGCAGCCUGGUACCCAAGUCAGCCUUCUCCGUGGCUAUCACCAGCAGCUACCCGGCUGAGAAAGCGCCAAUCAGGUUCAACAAAGUCCUGUUCGACGAGGGCGGCCAUUACAACCCACAGACAGGCAAAUUCAUAUGCGCGUACCCCGGCAUCUAUUACUUCUCCUACGACAUCACGCUGGCCAAUAAGCACUUGGCCAUCGGCUUGGUGCAGAACGGGAAGUACCGCAUUAAGACGUAUGAUGCCAACACGGGGAAUCACGACGUCGCUUCUGGCUCGACGGUGAUAUUCCUCAACCCAGAGGAUGAGGUGUGGCUGGAGAUCUUCUUUAAGGACCAGAACGGCCUGUUUUCAGAUCCGAGCUGGGCUGACAGUCUCUUUUCAGGGUUUCUGCUCUAUGCAGAUACUAGUUACCUGGAUACACUGUCAGAGGACUAUUCCUAGAUCACUGUAAAGAUUGAAUAUAUUUUAUUGAGAUGAACUUUAUGGGCUUGGACUAAAAUAUUAUUUUCAAUAUAAACAAAUGACAAAAUAACAGAAAUAUUAACUUAUCUGAUGAUUGCGAAUGAUGCUUAAGUCUUCAUGUUUGACCAUUAUGUUUUGGACAAAUAUGUGUAUUUCAGACGGUUUUAUUCUGCAUGGCAGUGGAAUGCUAAACCCUCCUGGGCCCAGGACAGCUUCCCUGGUUGUCUCCUGUGAUGGUGGUGCUGACUGUUGAUGUAUAUACUGCCAGGUUAAUAUUUUCAAUACACAUUUUCUUACAAACACAAAUCUUUAUAGACUGAUUGCUGAAACUAUCAAAAUGGUUUAUGUAGUUGUAAUCUGAUGAUGUGUUCAAUGAAGCACAAAGUUCCAACAUCUGGAUUCUUCAAGGAAAGGCAUAUCAAAUGAGUCAUUGGCCUACAGAGACCUGUUUAUACUCACAGAAAAUAAGGGGAUAAGACAAUUUUCUCUUUCUCAUGAUCGGUGUUUUCUGGAGUCUGCAUUUUCUGUCCAAUAAAAACACUACAGGUGUGUGAAUGAGAAAUUUUGUCCAUUCCAACAAGCAACUCUCUCUGUUUAAGCAAGUAACUGCCUGCUAUCAUGAACAACCGAAUUUUUAAUUUAAUGAAUCAGUGAAGUGUACUAACUCUACUUAGUCUAAAAGGGUCAUUUUUGUGAAAGAUCAAUUCAAUAAGUUUUGAUUCGUUCCUGUCCUUAAACCAAGCUAAACUACAUAUCCAUUCUAAAAAAAGAAAGUAACACAACAAAAUGAAAAACAGAGCACAGAACUGGAUUGCAAGAAAAAAAAAGUGUCCUUUAUGAAAAGUGUCCAGUAAUCUACAGUCCAAAAAGACAGACUGCACAUGGUCUUCGUACUCGCCAUGCAUGGACACAAUUAUUUUUACAAAUAUCAGUCUGUUGUUUUCUCAUGUGUCAUAAGUCCUGGCCUGCUGCUGGAGAUUUUAGUUUAGAUAGCACAGGCAGUGUGACAAGUGUGUCAAAGAGAGCCACUGCCAUUUAAAGACUGCCAUCAAAAACCUUGUAUCACAAAAUAUAGGAAACUAAACCUAAUAUUUAAGUGUACUGCAAUGUAAUAAAAUGUGGAAACGAUUCUUAAAUCCUCUGUAUGGGUCACUUUAAUAGGAACACCUAUACAGCUGUUCAUUCAUGCAAUUAUGCAAUCCACCAAUCCCAAUCAUGUAGCAGCAGCUCAAUAAAAUCCAUAAAAUCAUGCAGCUGCAGGUCAAGAGCUACAGUUAAUGUUCACAUCAAACAUCAGAUUGGGGAAAAUGUGAUCUCAGUGACUCUGACCAUGGAAUGAUUGACCAUAGAAUGCCAGAUGGGUUGGUUUGAGUAUUUCAGAAAUCUGGGAUUUCCACACACAACGGUCUCUAGAGUUUACACAGAAUGGUGCAAAAAAACAAAAAAAAAUCCAGUAAGUUGCAGUUCUGCAGGUGGAAACACCUUGCUGAAGGAGAAUGGCAAGACUGAAAGGCU